AUGUGUAGGAAUUGUUUGACUCCAUAUUGGGAUCAGAAUCCAGGUGGGGGCAAGUUUACAUGCUUAUAUUGCGGGCAUAUUUCAAAAAGACCUGUUCUUGACUUGCCCGAGUCUCUAGAUUUGGGGAGUUCAGGAAUUAUGAAGUAUUUAGUGGGGAAAUGUGGAACGGUGUUCAAUGGUAAAAUUUGGCUGGAGAAUGGGAAUUGGGUUGGGGGACCUUUUGAUGGGAAGUCAAGUUACUGGAAGAAGAAUGGAGGUGAGAAGAUAUUUAAAGUUAGUUCGUCCAGAGAUGAUAAAUCAACAGAAGCAGAGCUCAUACGGCUAUUGGAUAAGCGAGGUGAGAAUGGUGGGAAUUUUGAUGAGAGUAGAGGAGAGAAAGCACGCAGAAAAGUUGAGAAGAGUUUGGAAGUGGGUAAUGGUGAGUUUUCUGGGAAAACUCUGGUUAUAGAGGAGUUAAAUGGAGAUGGAUUUUCUGGUGAGGUCGGAUCGAUGGAGGGCUCCGGCCGAGAAGAUGCUAAAAUAUGGGUUGUUAAGAAGGGUAAUGAUGGAUUUUGCGAGAUAAAUAAGAGGCCGAUGGGAUGCCCUCGCGCCACCGAUUGGGAGAAGGGAAGGGGGGAGGAGAGGAGAGGAGGCGAGAGACAGAGAGGGGAGGGAGGAGAGAGGUAA